UCCACCCUCAGUUCCACCACUCCUAACCUUAAAACAUGGGAAGGACAAAACAAGGAAUCGAAUGGUUGAUUGAACGGGUAGGGAGGAUGAUUGAUUUGGCGGAGGCCAAGAAGCAGGUGUUGUUCUCGCUGCCCUUGAUUCUCACCAACGCCGCCUUUUACUUCAUCCUUCUUGUCUCUGUCAUGUUCGCCGGCCACAUCGGUGACCUCGAACUCACUGCCUCUAAUCUCGGCAAUUCCUGGGCUGCCGUCACCGGAUUCUGUCUCAUGGUUAUAUCCCAUCCCUCUGGCUCUCAACGGAGAGGAUCACCUACCGCAAAUCGUGAUGAUCACGAUGGGCCCACCAUCAUUUAUUAUGAAUUAGGAGAUGGAUCACGAUUUGCCGUUGGGUUGAGUGGGGCCCUUGAAACCUUAUGUGGCCAAAGAUUUGGUGCAGGAAUGUACAGGAUAAUGGGAGUGUAUCUCCAGGCUUCUUGCAUUAUAUCUCUAAUAUUCAGUCUCCUCGUGUCUGUUCUUUGGUUCUAUUCCGACACUGUCCUCACUUUACUACAUCAAAAACCUCAAAUAGCAGACUCAGCCGGUCUGUAUCUCAAGUAUUUGGUACCGGCCCUAUUUGCUUAUGGACUCUUGCAAAAUAUGAUUAGGUUUGUUCAGACACAGUCAAUUGCUAUGCCACUCCUUGUCUGCUCGAUAGUCCCUCUUGUCCUCCACAUCGGUAUUGCGUAUGCCUUGGUUAAUUUUUCUACUCUCGGAUACAAGGGAGCUCCGUUGGCAGCUUCCAUAUCUUUGUGGAUCGCAGUCUUCAUGCUAGCCUCGUACUUGCUCACUGCAAAUAAAUUCAAAUACACGUGGGAUGGAUUCACUUUGGAGUCUUUAAGUCAUAUAUGGCCAACCUUGAAGACUGCUCUGCCUUCUGCAGCAAUGGUGUGUCUGGAAUAUUGGGCUUUCGAGAUUCUUGUUUUAUUGGCUGGAUUGAUGCCAAACUCGGAGCUCUCCACUUCACUCAUAGCGAUGUGUGUGAACACGGAAACAAUUACGUACAUGAUUGCUUAUGGCCUGAGUGCAGCAGCUAGCACGAGAGUGUCUAACGAGUUGGGUGCUGAACGGCCUGAUCGAGCCAAGCUAGCCAUGCAUGUCACUCUUAAGCUCACCAUUAUCAUUGCACUAGUUGUAGUUUUGGCACUGUGUGCGGGUCAUAAUCUCUGGGCCAGCACCUUCAGCAGCAACCCCGUGAUAAUCGAUGCAUUCGCCUCAAUGACGCCCUUUCUCGUCGUGUCCAUGUUGUGUGAUUUUGUUCAGGGAAUAUUAUCAGGGGUAGCAAGGGGCUGUGGUUGGCAGCAUUUGGUUGUGUGUAUCAACUUGGGAGGAUUCUACUGCAUUGGUAUGCCUGUUGCUGUUUUGCUUGCAUUCAAGACUACACUCCAUGCCAAGGGAUUAUGGAUUGGGUUGAUAUGUGGUCUGAGUGUCCAAACAAUUGGCCUUUUUCUGCUGUCCAAGUAUACAAAGUGGAAGAAGAUAGAGAUGGCUAAAGAUACAGAGGGUCUGGAAUAUAUUGGAUGAUGCAACAAAAAUUUGCACUUGACUGUGGCCUUGAAUUAAGCAUUAGCAUUACAGCAAAUAAAAGCAAGGAAGUAGAGAUCUAAUGUUGUGAAUUGUGACAUCACCCAUUUAGAAGUCCUCUCGGUGGCAUGGAAUUUUUUCAAAAAAAAUAAAAAAUAAAUAAAUUUUAGGUUUUCAAAAGAUAUUGGGUAUACCCAAUUUUGUAGGAGUGAAUUCAGUUAUUCACGUACCCGAUUAGAAUUCCAAAUCAGGUAUCGGAUAUUGAAUUUUAGUUUUUUCGA